CCCGAACCUGCUCUUCCGCUUUGUUCCCCCAGAGCGCACGCUUCCCAAACACUGCACCUGCCGGCGGUCCCCACCCAGCGGGAGAAGUGGACAUGAGGUUGGCAGGACCCCUCCGCAUCGCGGCCCUGGUGGUCACUGUGGGCCUCACAUGGAUCGCAGUCAGCAUCCUCCUGGGUGGGCCUGGCAGUGGCUUUCCUCGCAUCCAGCAGCUCUUCGCCAGCCCGGAGAGCUCGGCGACCGCAGAGCCACGGGCCAGGAAGUACAAGUGUGGCCUGCCCCAGCCAUGUCCCGACGAGCACCUGGCCUUCCGCAUGGUCAGCGGGGCUGCCAACGUCAUCGGGCCCAAGAUCUGCCUCGAGGACAAGAUGCUCAUGAGCAGCGUCAAAGACAACGUGGGCCGCGGGCUGAACAUCGCCCUGGUGAAUGGGGUCAGCGGGGAGCUCAUCGAGGCCCGGACCUUUGACAUGUGGGCCGGAGAUGUCAACGACCUGUUGAAGUUCAUCCGUCCGCUGCACGAAGGCACGCUGGUGUUCGUGGCCUCCUACGAUGACCCAGCCACCAAGAUGAACGAAGAGACCAGGAGACUUUUCGGCGAGCUGGGCAGCAGGAAUGCCAAGGAGCUGGCCUUCCGGGACAGCUGGGUGUUCGUGGGGGCCAAGGGUGUGCACAACAAGAGCCCCUUUGAGCAGCACGUGAAGAACAGCAAACACACCAACAAGUACGAAGGCUGGCCCGAGGCGCUGGAGAUGGCGGGCUGCAUCCCCCGGAGGGGCCCCGCCAGCUAGCACAGCCCGGACCAGGCCCAGCGAGGCCCAGGCCGAGGGAAGCGGGCACACCGCCAGCCAGGCUGAGCCCCACACCCCAUGCCCGGGGAGGGGGUGCGCCCUGGCCCCAACUCACCGGGGCUCCGAGGGUGACCGUCGUGCGGCCUCAAGGUGGGGGGAUUGCAGGGCCCGGCCCUGGCGCGCUCUGUCGUGGGAGCCCAGGUACCUGUCUCCUGAUCGUCCCCAGGUCGCUCCCCAGCCAGCGCCCACCCAGCCCUUCCUCCUCCGUUUCUCACGCUGUCUCCUUCCUAACUCCCUUGUGCCCCGGCUGGAAGGGCCCUGGGUACUCCCCCUCCCCUGUACGUAUCUGGCCGCCACCCCGGCAGGUCGAGGCAUCUUCCAGAACCUCUCCCUUCCAGGGCCACUCACUGUGCCGCAGCUCAGCCUUUUUCCAGUGUGAUCCCUUCCAGAGAGCCGGACUUAGUGGCCACUUCCAAGAGCCUGACUGCCUCCUUCCUGCUCCCAGCAGGAAGGGCCCCCUGUGGAGCACGCAGGCCUGGGGUGGUAAACUGGCCAGAGCCCGAUCGCAUCUCUAAGGGGCACGUGGUGGCUCUUGUGGCUUGGCAGAGGAUCCACCUUCUAGAUGACCCCUUAAUAAACAGAUGGCCCCCAACAGAAUAAA